AUGUCGUACUUCAACCAGCAGCAGGCUGCCUCCAACCAGACCUUCAUGCAGCUCGAGCAUGAGAUGGAGGCCAUGACCGAUGUCUUCAACAAGAUCAUCUCCUCCUGCCACACCAAGUGCAUCCCGACCAAGUACUCGGAGUCCGACCUGAACAAGGCCGAGUCGGUUUGCGUUGACCGGUGCUUCUCCAAAUACAUGAUUGUCCAGCAGCAGAUCGGCAGCAAGCUGCAGGAGCUCAGCCAGAACGUCCAGGAGAUGAACGCCGAGGCGGCUGCCCGUGCCAGCCAGUAG